CCAGUCAAAGUCACAGGGGUUCCCAUCCUCUCGCUGUGUCGGCAGGUGUUCGCAGACAGGGGGGACCUUCCGAAUGAGGAGGAAUGAGGCAGACAGCAGGGCGGAGAGCAGGUAAUAGGGCUGUGAAACCCAGCGCCAUAGUCCCGGAGCCGAAUACAAAAUAGCAAGGAUCGGAGUGAGCACCGCCAUGUCUCAACACACACAGUGCACCCGAACACCACCACCGCAGCAAACCAAUGGCAAAGGCAGAGAGGCAACAGCCAAUCGCAGAGCGCAACCCUAGUAUUCCUCCAGCCAAUCAUAAACUACGAUACUGAGGGGGAAAGAAAACUACAACCAAUCCCAAACUACUCGUAUAGAACGAGAACAACCAAUCAGCGACAAGGAUACAUGCUUUUCAUUGUUUAUAUAACAGAUGUUCUAGAUACCAAAUACUCGCAGCGUCUCCAGUAGAGGAGCCAUUUUGUAGGAGCCAUUUCCGUUGAGUUUCGUAGAACCCAGGCUCCAAACGCAUGGACGGUUUACAUUGAGCUACAGCCAAAAGCACCGGAGACACUUUUCUAUAAGAAACGCCAUUUAGGGAAGACGACUUUAGCGAUUUAGAGCUCGCUAGAGCUGGAAGCAGCGAAUCGGCCCCGUUAUAUUGUGGUGACCCCGCGGGCAGCCAUGUGAUUGGCACGGAUUGAUGUUAUCGCGGGGGGAGGGGCGUUGAUGCUCCUGGUUGUUGACCCACGAUGAUGGAGGGAUUCUCCGCACUCUUCGCUUCCGCGGAGCCGCCUCUGCCGUCCGGUCCGGGAGCUCCCUCCGGCGUCCCGGCGUCCAGCGGCGGGUUCGGGUCGAGCAAGCCCCAAGUGACGGGGACUGCGAACUCCUCAGUGCCCGGCCCCCCGCUGCCUCCACCGCCGCCGCUCUCCGUGGGCUCCGCCGGGGACGACUCAGCCCGGAGAUCCCCGUCUGGCCCCUUCUACCUCCUCCGGGAGCUGCCGGGUGAGCGCGGGCACACAGUGAGGGGCGCAGCCCUGCCAUGCAUGGUCUGAUACUGAGCAUAGAGCGAUAAAUACUGCAGCAAAUAGAACAUAAACACUGGGACACCGGCCAGCAACUAACACAGUGAUAACAAGGGGAGAGCUAAAUAGGAAACCUAUAAAAAUAACAUCUUAGAAAACAGUAUAAAUCUCACCCUGUCACAAUCUCACCCUGUCAGACAUAUGGCAACACUUAGAACAUUGCACAACAAAGAUUUAUAAAAUAGUCUCUAAUUUUGAAAUGGUCUCUGAUUGUAAAGAUGUUGGCAAAAUAAUCCUUAAAAGACCAUGUUAAAUCCAGCCUUUUGUAGUCACAGCUUGGAUGCACAGUACUUCACCAUAUACAUAAAAAAAUAAAAAAAAAAAAAAACACAAAAAAUGUGUUAAAAAUAUCUAGGCUUACAACUAUAAAGACCAAGAUUCAGUAUAAUUAAAAUGUUACACUUUAAUGAGAUGAAAAAAAAAAAAAAACUUUUAAAGGGACACUAUAGUCACCCAGACCACUUCAGCUCAAUGAAGUGGUCUUGGUGCCCAGUCCCUUUAGGGUUAACCCUGCCUGCUGUAAACAUAGCAGUUUCAGAGAAACUGCUAUGUUUACAUUUGGGGUUAAGCCAGCCUCUAGUGGCUGCCUUCCGGACAGCCACUAGAGGUGCACCUGCGACGCUGGAGGCAUAUUAUGUCUCCAUCACGCAGAGCGUCCAUAGGAAAGCAUUGAAAAAUGCUUUCCUAUGGACACUUUGAAUGCGUGUGCGGCACUGCCGCACAUGCGCAUUCCGCUCCACUGUCGUCGGCAGGGGAGGAGAGCUAAAGGAGCCCGGCAGUGGAAGAAGGUGAGUAACUAAAGGGGUUUUAACCCCUUCAUCACCACAGGAGGGGGACCCUGAGGGUAGGGGCACCCUCAGGGUACUAUAGUGUCAGGAAAACCGAUUUGUUUUCCUGACACUAUAAUGAUCCUUUAAGUUACAAUACUGAAAAAUAAUUUGUAACAAAUUGUGUCCAGUGUGGCAUUAUCUGCACAUUAAUAUAUACAAGUAAUUGCUGAAGCUCAUACCUUGUACUACAGCUUAUUGCAUUUGUUUUGGUGAGUAGAAUCAUUCUCUUCUGGCUUUUUGCUGUAAACCCUGUUUCAGAGAAAGGGUCAACUAUACAUUUUUGUGUUCCCAACCCUUUAGUUUUCCUUUAAAGGGACACUCCAGGCACCCAGACCACUUCUGCCCAUUGGAGUGGUCUGGUUGCCAACUCCCACUACCCUUAACCCUGCAAGUGUAAUUAUUGCAGUUUUCAUAAACUGCAAUAAUUACCUUGCAGGGUUAACUCCUCCUCUAGUGGCUGUAUACUAGAAAAGCACUAGAGGGCACUUCCUGCUUCAUAGCACAGGUUUUCUGUGCUAUAGCGUCGCUGGACGUCCUCCCGCUGUGUGAGGACCUCCAGCGUUGCUAAAAUCCCCAUAGGAAAGCAUUGAAAGCAUUUUUAAUGCUUUCCUAUGGAGAGGUCUAAUAAACGUGCGUGGCAUUGCCGCGCAUGCACAUUAGGUCUCCCCCACCGGAUGACGUGGUGAUGGGGAGGAGCGUGGGCCGACCCAGAAGUAGCGCCGAGGGACAUUAGCGCUGCCUAGGGUAAGUCACUGAUGGGGUUUUGACCCCUUCAGCAACUAGGGAUGGGAGGGAGAGGGGACCUGCAGCGCUAGGAAAACGAUUUGUCUUCCUGGCACUGGAGAGUCCCUUUUAAUGUAGUUAUUAAGGUGUCUAUAACCUGUCCAUGCAGGCUUUGUUAUGUAAACACUACCUUUUUAUAGAAAAGUCAGUGUUUACACUACUUGUAUAAAGAGGACAGAGUAGCGCAGUAUUUUCCGGUAGUGUGUGUGUGUGUGUGUGUGUGUGUGUGUGUGUGUGUAUAUAUGUGUAUAUAUAACAAAAAAUGAAAGUGGAAAAAAUGGAGAAGUGUAUAUAGUUUAGUAUUUUUCACACAGUGGGAGAGAUAAAAGAAAGAAAAAGGAAAUAUACUCAAAGGUGGAUGGAGCUGUCAAGACCACCACUUUUUUACGUGUGAGCUGUAUAAUCUUCAUUUAUGGAUUCUUGCUGUAUCUGUUGAUCUAUGUCAUUAAUCCGGGACAUAUAGACUAAAAACACACAGAUUAAAUAAUAUAAUGUAAUAUCUCUGAAUAAUAUACGGAAGGUACAUUAUAAAAUGAUAUAAAUGCUUACUUGUUACGGAACCUAUGUAGUGGCUCUUAAAGUAUAGCGUGGAGUGUUAUAUAAGACUUGCAUUUAAUUUUUUUCACAUUUAAAUUUGCCAGAUUGGGUAUGCUGCCCUUGAGACGGUGUGGUGUUUUUUUUUUAGUAGCCACUUAGUCACAAACACUGGCCAAAAUUAUCCUUCAAAUUAGUUUACAUUUUUCACACAAACAAACAUGAACAUUAACUACUCGAUAAGUACUCAACUCAUGAGCUUGUGUAUAUACGCACACAGUAUUCUUGCUAGACGAUGCCCAAGGUUUGCAGCGUGAAAUUGUUACUGUAUAAUUAUGCACGAACUAUGAGUUACUGUGGUGUCAGCAAGGAACCAAUUUCUUAAGGAAUGAUUCCAUAAAAUUAUUGAAUUCAUAAGGUGAUAAAGUCAGGAUCUUCUAGGGCAUAAGUGUAUCCCCUGAACUUAAAGGCCACUAUUGGCACAUGGUUAAAGGAUCACUAUAAUGUCAGGAAAACAAAGCGGUUUUCCUGACACUAUAGUACCCUGAGGGUCCCCAUCCCGUGGCGCUGAAGGGGUUAAAAGUUACUUACUUUAAACCAGCGCUGGGCUCCCUCUGUGCUGGUGACGUCAGUGGAGCCGAAUGUGCAUGCUCGGCAACUGCCAGGCGCGUAUUCAAAGUGUCCAUAGGAAAGCAUUGCUCAUUGCUUUCCUAUGUACGCUAUGCGCGAUGGAUGCGAAAUUCGCAUCCAGCGUCGCAGACGAGCCUCUAGCGGCUGUCCAGAAGACAGCCACUAGAGGCUGGAUUAACCCCAAAUGUAAACAUAGCAGUUUCUCUAUGAAACUGCUAUGUUUACAUCUGAAAAGUUAAAACCUGAGGGACAUUGCACCCAGACGAUUUCAUUGGGCUGAAGUGGUCUGGGUGACUAUAUUGUCCCUUUAAGUGUCUUCGUUGGUUUUGCAAAUAGGGACUUGCUAUUGUUACAAAAGCAAGGGCAUUUUAGUAUCUGCCUCUGAAGAUAAAACAAACUAUGCAACAUUGCAGCAAUGUAGAAUAAAAUCAAAACUGGUAACAUAUACAGAAUGUGAAAAAAAUAACCCACUGUUGUGUUUUUUUUUUGUUUGUUUUUAAACAAUGUUUUAAAGAUGUAUAUUGUGAUGGUUUACUAAUAGUGAUGUCCCGAACGGUUCGCCGCGGACGGCGAACAUAAACAUAAACUUUGACCCUGUACCUCACAGUCAGCAGACACAUUCCAGCCAAUCAGCAGCAGACCCUCCCUCCCAAACCCUCCCACCUCCUGGACAGCUCACUAAGGAUGCAGCUUCACAAUGAAUGUAAAAUGGAUGCUGUCUGGGAGGGAGGGUCUGCUGCUGAUUGGCUGGAAUGUGUCUGCUGACUGUGAGGUACAGGGUCAAAGUUUAUGUUUAUGGUCGCCGUCCGCGGAGAACCGUUUGGGACAUCACUAUUUACUAAUAUAAAAUAUUUUUUUACAAAUUUUUUUUUUUAAUUUAUUUAUAAUUUUUUUUUUUUUAAUCUUGUUUUCACACAGGGCUUUCAGAUCUGACGGGCAGUGUUAAUCUCAUAGUACAUUAUAACCUAGAACAUUCCUUCAGUAAGUUCUGUGGCAAAAAAGUUAAAGAAAAGCUCAGUAAUUUUCUUCCUGACCUUCCAGGUGAGUAAGAUGAGAAGCUAGCACUGGUGUGGGCUAUAAAAAUGAUUUCCUUAUUUCAGAGUUGCAAGCUCAGAUAUCUGCAAAUCUACACACUAAAAUGUAGUUAUUUGUUAGAUGUACCCAUGGUUUUGGUUUUUUUUUUUAUGUUGUCAAGCGAUUUGAAGAGUAAGCUAUAAAGAAAAAGUAAGUUGAACAUUUGAUGAAUAUAUGGCAUAUGAUUAAGGAAAAAAGUGUUGAAGAGUAUCCCAAAGAAUUGCAGUUUGUCAUCAGUCACAAACGGUGACAAAUCAAAUACAAAAACUAAGUAACACAGGUUUUGGUAAGAACUAACAAACCUUGGUCUCUGCACUUGUGGUUUAAGAUGUAGGGAUGUGUGUUGAUAGCUGGAAACUUAAAGGGACACCGUAGGCACUGUAUCUGCUUCAUCGCAUUAAACUGGUUAUAAUGUAUGGAGUCCCCUGGUGCCAUCAUUUCUUUCAGCAUUAAACAGUUUUUAAUGUUGUAAUGUUUUAAUGCUAAACAAGAGACCCCGGCAGUCAAUCCCCUCUGUGCUGCUUUGGCUAAUAAGGAAGUAUUACCCUGAGCAGCAAUGGGCAGCUGUGAUUGGCUGAGAGUGUCAGCUGACUGCUUUUAACCUGUCAGAGCUCCAACUGACGGUAUGACAACAAGGAAGUGUGUAAUCUCUGCGUUAGCUACACAUACAGAAGGGGCCGGACUGUGGGUGGCCAGGGACUCUUAUUUUGUGGCAUACUGCACAAACAUAGUGCAACACUGAAUGGAGGGACAGUGCCAGGGCACUCCAGGCACUAUAACCAAUUCAAAGAGACAAAGUGGUUAUAGUGACUACAGUGUCCCUUUAAGGGGAUGUUUCAAGCACUGUAACAAUCCCUGCUGAUUGCAUGAUCUGUGGUGGAAGGAAGAUCUUUGUCCUGUCUCAUGUCCCUUAUCCUACUGCUGGCAAAAGAAGAAACUGUAGUAACUUGGCAGUGCCAUAGCUGAUGCAAGACAUUAUAUCUGUUUAAGAAGAAAGGGAGGAAUAUCCCCACUCGCCAUGCUCACCAAUUACUUCUUUAUAAGGACACGCAGUGCAGUGUCCAAAGUUUUCUAAAUUAUAUGAAUAAAAUGAAACUCAAAUUUUGAAUGCGUGGUUCCCAAAAUGUGUAUGUUUGACAAGUCUGCUGGUUUAAAAAAAAAAGGUGUUCCUGUGAAUUUGUGAUUUUCUUUUAUUUAUUUUUUUUACUUUUUCUAAUCUCACACAGGAGGCUGCUUUGCAUUACCAAGCAAUUGAUAGAGCAGGAGAUACAUUUAAAAUCAAAUUCAGUUUAAAUUUAAACUGGUAAAAUAUGCAGAAUGUUAAAAAAAAAAAACCCGCAGAGAGCUUAACAAAGUGUUUUUGGUGCAUAGAUAAUGUCCCUGCAGUCUACGUUUUUAUUUAGACUGCGGGGACAUGAUCUAUGCACCAAAACCAUGUUGUUAAGCUCUCUGUACAGGCUUACAAAGCAGCUGGCACUGAAUUUGAGGCAUCACAGAGCUUGCAUUCCCAUGUGACAAAAAUAAAGAUUGUGGUGGUUUUUGUUAGGCCUAGAUGUGUCUUAGGGAAGACUGCAUAUUGCCACUAUGUCUAUGGCAAAUUGUUCAUAAUUGCAGUUCACUCCAGGUAGGAUAGUAAAAUGCUGUCCCCUUUAGGUGGUAUGUUGGUUCAAGGCACACUUUUUUUAAGUUGGCUUUGGUGUAUGUUAUGCAUAUUGUCUUUUGGCCACAGAUUCUUUUGAUGUUUUGUAUCAUGCUCAGUGAUGGCAUCCUGGAUAUUUCCUAGGUAUGAUUGAUACUCCAGGAUCUCAGGAUAACAGCAGCUUGCGUUCAUUGAUUGAGAAGCCACCAAUCUGUGGAAACUCUUUCACCCCGCUGACAGGCGCAUUGCUAACAGGAUUCAGACUUCAUGCUGGACCGGUGAGUUUUGCACAUUGGGUUUUGGAAGGGAAAAUUAUGUUAACACCUUAAGGAUGGAGGCAAUUGUCCAAGUUCUAAAACAAAACUUAGAAUUUGUGCUGUGUUUGUUCCACCGUAAUUUAAUUUUUUCUGUUUAAUUGACCCCAUACAUAUUGCCAAAUAUUGCUUUUUUUGAUUUUCACGUUUUAAAGGAUAGAAAGGGUUUUCUUUUACUAUCCUAUAUGCAUACCCAACACAAAAUUAAGUGUAAAUAAAAAAUAAAAAAUCAGGGGGAAUACAAAAUUAUUUUUGCCUAUAAUCAUUUUUACACAUCAAGUGCAACUAAUGAGGAAUACCUCUAGCUAGAUUCACGUAUCAGUCCUGAUUGUUAAAUGCUUCCUGUAGUUAGGAUCUAAAUGUUUGGUAGUGAACACUAACCCUCUAACAACACUCCCCCUAACUAUAGCCAUACUCCUACCUUACCCUUACCCCUAACCUCAAUCCUAUACUGUCCCUAAAAUGCAUUAACCCUUACUCUACGUCCUAAGAUAGUUGAGAGGCUUAAGCCAAAAUUCUAUAUAUAUAUGUUGAGACCAUCUCCUAUGUGAAAAUAAUCUAUUUAUGACUGUCACCGUUUCCAUAUACACAUUCCUUCUACUACAUCUGAAUCCAUUAAUGGGACACCCCCGAGUGUUUUGAUGCCUAGUAAGGAUAAUUUCUUCUUAACGCAAAUAUGAAGAAAAGAAAAUGUACAUUUAAAUUUAAAGGAACACACCACUGAAAAUGUCUUUUAUUUUGCUUUUUUUCUUUCUAUUGGGGUAUAUUUAAAAACGGCAGGCUCCAGACACACAAAGCACCACAGCAAGCUGAAAAACAGAGCAAGAUGUUUAGAACUAUAAUAGUUCUUAUAGUGCAGCCAUAGGCAAUCUUCUGCACUCCAUAUGUUUUGGACUACUCCUUCCAUGAUGCUUUACCAACAUUGUGGGGGAUGCAGUCCGCAACAUCUGGAGUGCCGGAGGUUGCCUACCCCUGGCAUAGUGCUACUAACCACUUGUUAGUGAAGAGGAAAAGGUGAUUGCAAGAAAGGUUUUCCAGUUUUUGCAGCACCUCUAAAAAAUGCUCCCCUUUUGUUUAAUGGACUGUUUUUCCAUGUUUUUGGAUGAACAGCAUAAAAAGAUAUGUGAAAUGCUGAAGUAGAUUGGCUUUUUUUUUGUUGUUAUAACUAACUAAUAACAUCUGUUUGAAUCAAGGGGUUUUGAGCAUUACCAGCUGAAAAUGAAGAAAACUUUAAUUUAUUCGUGUAUGGUUUUUUUCCUGAUUUAAGUCUUUUAUCUAUUAAUAUGGUCUCUUUAUUUUUCAGCUCCCAGAACAAUGCCGUUUGAUGCACAUACAACCCCCAAAGAAGAAGAAUAAAAAACACAAAACUAGGACACAGGAACCAGCACCCCCAGGUCUGUGCUGCUCCUUAUAAUUUUAUUAUUUUUUUUUAAAAUUUGUUUAUUCCUGUUAAUAAGUCUUUACCCAUGUUUUAGAAACCCCAUCCGAUUCUGAUCACAGGAAAAAGAAGAAGAAGCAAAGAGAAGAUGACCCAGAAAGACGUAGGAAAAAGAAAGAUAAAAAGAAAAAGAAGGUGAGCAUAUAUAUGCAAUAGAAGAAAAAACAAAUGGGAUACUCAUGGGUGGGUGACCAUUUGCUUUUAUGAAAAAUGUACUUUUUUGCUCUCCGAAAAGGCAGUGUUUACAUUAAAAACCCUGCAGUAACAGGCUAUAGACACCUGAACAACUACAUUAAGCUGUAGUUAUUCUGCUGACUGUAAUGUUCCUUUAAUGUAUGAAGGGGCUAAUUAUUUUGUUUACAGGCUGCCUGUCUAAUCCAAGGAAAAAAUAAUUUACGGUAAGUAAAGUGUCUGCUUUUCCUCUCCAAGAAAUGUAAUAUUGAUGACAUGCAUAAUCCUGUUAGGGCUACAAGUAAUUCUUCUAGCUUUAUAUUUCUAAUCUACAGCUCUGUCAUCCUUUUUACCUAACAUAUACUACCCGAGAGAUUUAAAUGUUUUAUUUAUUUCUUCCCUUUUAUUUUUAGAGUCGCCAUAGCCCUGAGCACCCAGGAGCAGCAGGUUCACAGAGUGGUCUUCGCUAAAUGGCUGUUGUGCAUAUUACAAACCCCUUUUUACAUUGUUUUCUUUUUAAAUAAAACUCACUAAUCUUUACCAAGUG